AUCAUCUAUGAAGGAAAAAAAGUUUCUUCAUUUUCACUGCUUGUUGUAUGUUGUUUGCUUGCUUGCAAGCUUCUGGAAAUGCAUCACAAAGCAGUGGUAGAUGCCUUCAGUGACUCACCUAGCUGUUUUAUAUCUAUACUGCAAAAAACACAUCCCAGAGACUGUUCUCUGGGAGUCAUGGGAACUAUUGGGAAGGCUCCGAUCAGUCUCUGACUGUGAGACGGAAUAUGUCAGAGGAGAGGAGUUGAGAUACUGCCCUGGUCCACACAGAAGAUGUUAGCAAUUCUGGUAUUUCUUCUUGUUAUCUUAGUUCCAGGCCCAGAAAAGGCAUUCACUUUGACCAAAUCAAAUAAAACUUGGCAUUUUCAUUAGUUUCCAAAGUCAGAUGCAUAUCCUGAUGAAUGACCUUAUCUUUGUCUAGGGACAUAACUUAAAUCUAACUAGAAGCUGUCUUUUUUUUUGCAUUAAUAGGGAGUUUCUCCUUCUUGAGGCUAUUGAGCUCUGCAAACAACACCCUAUCUUUAGUUUGUGUGGAGCAUUUGACAAUUGAUCUAGACAGAAGCGUGAACUAGAGGGGAUGUCUUUUCAGAUUUUGGCUGUAUUUUGCAACUGUCUCACUGAUGAAGCUCUCAUUGCUGAUGUGAAUGCCUGUCUCAUCAAGAAUAUAUCACUAAGAGGUGGGACUCAAGUGUUUUAAAUGGUCCAGGCUAGUGGGCGUUGCAGGAGAGCUACAUAGUACUGCGUAGGAUUUUUUUUAUGUCAAAUUUUCUGCAUUCUUAUUUUGCCCGUUUUGGAAAAAUAACAGUGAUGAGAGAAAACAAAUGAUGCCAAAUUAUAGGGAGUUAAAUCAGUGCUGACCUCCAGCACCAAGGGUGAAAAGUGUCGAAUGAGAUCUGGAAGAGGAGGAAGGAUACAGGGAAACGAUAUCUUGCUUGCCACUGUAUAAGGAGGUGGCAGUGGUACCAGCUAUGGGUUUGGAUAGCAGGCCAUGCUGGAAAAGCGAUACAGUUGAUCUCCUCCUGACAUAUUAUAGCAACUGACAGUGAUGUCAGGUGUUUGCUGAUCCACACCUGAGUGUUCUGUGGGCAAAAAUGCCUGAGCUCAAAUAUGUGCAUCCUUCCUGAGAAAUGUGCAUAGGCAAUUAUUCUCAAACAGGCAGAGGGUGUAGCUCAUUCAAUGUAAGUCUAUUUAGACAGGGCACUAGUUAUAGAAGCAUAAACCCGAUCCUGAUUUAAGCUGGUAAGACUGCACUGUGUAUUGUCAUGUGAUAUAAGUAAUUUUUUGAUAUUUAAUUAAAAAAUGUGAUAACGCCAGCAUUAGUCUCCAAAUGACAGAAGCAAUAUUAAGCUUUGUAAUGCGCCCACACAAUUGCAGAUGCUGAAGAAGCACCUGUAGCAAGUCAGCGGAGACACAACUGUAUGGUAUUUCUUCUAUAGCCAACAGGUGCUUGGCUGGACGGACUGUAAGAUGUUUUUCUGUCCUUAUGUUCAGGCUUCUCAAAAUGUAGGAUCUCCUCUUCUUUUUUCUUAGCACAAGGAAAAAAAAAAAAGGUACUUCAAGCAAUUUAAUCUCUGUAAAACUGUGUACUUUUCCCUAACACAAGCCUCCCAAAUGCUUUCUGAUGCUCUAGGUACAGGGUGUCAAACUCCACCAGCAGGUGUCUUCAGAGCGGUGGGAGUCCUCUGAGGAGGCUGUAUUCCUUGGCAGAGAUUUGUAAAUUAUCACCUUGUUAAAGUGAGUGGGAAAUUCUGUCUGAAAAUCACCAGCGUGGAAUGACGCAGCGUUUCAGCUGUAACUUUCUUCUGUGGGAGGAGGUUUAGGGGCACUUGCUGUUCACUCCUAGUGCUGUUGUAUAAACUAAUGACUGUUGCUGAGAUGAGCCUGAAAUCUAAAUCAGAAAUUUGUGCCAGACUUUGUUUCUGAAUGGGCCCAAAACAAAUUCUGCAGCUCUUGCACACAUCUACCUACAAUGUUAUCUUUACUAAUGUCUAAAAUGAAUCGUAUUUCCAUUUACUCAGCCAACUCAUCUGUCCCUGUGCAGAGAGAUACCUCCUGUUUUGAUAAAGUGUGUCCCUUUUCUACUGCAUAGCUCCUAUUGUUAUGGUUAGUAUAUAUCACCGAGAUUAAAAUGCACUUAUUUUCUCAAAAGACUUAUUUGCAACUUCAGAGUAAUGCUACUUUUUCUUUCACUUCUUUCAAAUACAUAUUUAAAGAAUUGCAAGGAACAACACAACUGAAGAAAAUCAGGCUCACAGGAUUUAAUAACACGUGUAUAGGCUUGCUCUUUAAUUGCAAACAUACUCUUUUUAAACAUAGAGCUAGAUGUUACUUUAUUGCAUUGGUUUGAGAUAAAAACACAUUGGCUAACAGUUACUUAAAAAAUUCCUUUAAGGAAUUUUUAAACCUUAGUUAAAGUUCUGCAGCUCAACUCUUACUUGAGUUUAAAGAUGAAGAAGAUGCAGGAAGCUAGACUAGAGAUGCAAGAGUCAAUGAAAGUAGAGAAAGUUUCUAUUGCCUAUUGGGUCAAGGAGCCCAGACAGUUUUUAACCUAAGCUUAAACAAACACUUAAAAAUUCAAGACAAACCACUUCGGUGGCGAUAAGAGACUUUUAAUUUGACAUUUUAACCCUAAAGUUAGUAAGUUAGGACAGAUGUAUCUCUGGUGAUUUCAAGAGGGCUUUUUUGCAGGAUCUUGUUCCUUCCCCGAUAAUUAUCCUGAUAUCUGGUUAGGCUCCUGGAUACCCUUUUCCCACCCCUAUCCCCGUGCCAGCUCUCAUGCUGCAUCCUGCAAGUGGCUCCCACACUCUGCAAGCUCCAAACCUGGCCAGGUGAGUCAAACCUGCCCCUGUUGCUGAGGCCUCAGCUUACAGCCUUGCUCCUGCUGCUUAAGAUACAAAUGAUCGGUGCGGUGGUUUUCAUAUAAUGACUUAAUGGUUAUAAUACUCGUCUCAGAAGUGGUCAAACUUGGGUUUGGGUCCUCCUUCUCCCAACGGGUAUUCAAAUCCACCUGUCCCUUCCCAGGCUGUAGGCAACCUCUCAGCCCUUCCUAUUGAAGUUGUGCCACGGAGCGGAGAAGGAUUCGCAGAGCUGAAGAAGAGAAGCAAGUGGGAGCCUGACUGUGGCUUUUUUGGUUGGGACCUCCCCUGAAGGGAGGUGGGGAGCAGGUAUCUGGCUGCAUUCCCAAGGCUGCUUGCUACAUGCUUUGCAUUAAAACAUCACUGGAUAAAAAUCAAAACCAACCCUGGAGGCAGAGUCCAAACCCAUAACCUGUCUCUAGAGGGAGAGGUUGCAACCACCUUGCUUUGGUAGUGGGUGCUAUUUUUGUGCCACCCACUCUUCCUCGAGCCACGUCUUUAAAUGAAAGUUGAAGCGGCUGUUCCCGCAAACCGAUGCCAGAGCCGCCCUGAGGAGCAUUACCUGUGCUCACAGCUUCCCAGUCCCAAGUAGGUUUUCACGGGUGUAAGUGCUAAGAGGUUCAACUCAGUCAAAAUGAUGGGAUCGCAGCAUGGAACAAGAAAAACUUGAGGUACCCAACUACCUUCUUUUUGUGAAAUAAAUGGGUUCCUGUGAACUCUUAGGCACCUAAUCAAUUAUUUUCUUGGAGACGUCAUGGCUAAUUUAGCUCUGUGUCUUAGGCUUGGAAAUUGUUUCCCAUUGCAAUAUUUUUAGAUACCUCUGUAGCUUUGAGGACCUUGCCUUAUGUGAAUUGAGAACGUGUUUCGUUUCAGAUGUGAUUGAAGGACGUGCACGAUUGACUUCAGCUGUGGAGUGUCUAAUUCUCUUCUGAAAAUUGCUUCAGUUUUAAAGUCAUUUAGAAGCUUUUCAAUUUUUUUCUCUAGCUAUCUCUGGCUUUUCCUUGUGUAAAAUAGAGAUAACAAUGCCUUCAGGACCCACUAUAUUUUAAAAAAGCUUUGCUAUCCUCUGAAGGACAGCAUGCUGAGCACUGAACAUUAACUCACUAAUGCAAGAGCUUAGCAAAUAACAGGAAAGUAGGAAAAAUUAUGUCUGCUGGUGGCCUGGGUGAGGCUGGGAUGCCUUUUAAAGAAAUACCUUCUUGGUGGCAGCAGUAAGAUGUAUGGAUGAGGGUGUUUGUUAUAUUCUUUUGGUUUAUAUUAGUAGCUUUCAGCACAAAUGAAUGACGUUGCUGAAGAUUUAAGGUACAUUUCAAAUCAUUUAUGAUGGGACUGUAUAGCAUGGGGAAUAUAUUUGUUUGUGCUAUUUGAAGGACUAGAAUUUGCAAACUAAACUAAACCUACCUCACUAGAUCUUUACUAUAUAACCAUGCCUAAGCAGGGCUGACCUUCCUCCUCAAUUGCUAUGAAAUGUUUCAUCACCUCCCCCCCACACACAGUGUCUUGUUCUGCCAAACUCUCUCUCCCUUAGACACGAAGUUCUGCUCUGGGACAGUGAUCUGCUGCGAGGAUUCCUGUGUUGACUUCAAGGCUCAUGGAGGAUCUUCUGUUCCUAGGACAGCAGGUCAGUCAGCAAUGGCUGCAGCAGAAAUUCCCAGUUACAUUGUCUCUUCUCAGACUGAGAAACACAGGAGGGCCAGAAACUGGACUGAUGCAGAAAUGAGAGGUUUAAUGCUGGUUUGGGAAGAAUUUUUUGAUGAGCUGAAACAAACUAAAAGGAAUGCCAAAGUUUAUGAGAAAAUGGCUAACAAACUCUUUGAAAUGACUGGAGAAAUUCGCCACGGAGAGGAAAUAAAGAUAAAAAUUACAAAUAUGACAUUCCAGUACAGGAAACUAAAAUGCAUGACUGACAGUGAAACUGUGGCACCUGACUGGCCUUACUACAAAACCAUUGAUAGGAUCUUAUCCAAAGUGACAGACCACAGUGAUGUGAAAAUGCAUGAAAAUCAGCAACCAGGUCCUUCUACGUCACAGACGGAGGCCUCACAGUCUCCAUCAGCUAAGUCUACACCGCUGUACUUGCCGUAUAACCAGUUUACAUAUGAAGGAAGGGAAGAGUGCUUUGAAGAUGAACAUUCAGAGAGCUCAUCAAGCUUACUAUCUUACAAGCUGAGAGCUGAAGAAAGACCUGUUAAGAAAAGAAAAAUGCAAAGCUGCAGCUUCCAAAAGAAGAAGCUAAAAUUAAUGGAGGCCAUGUUGGAAGAACAAAAGAAGUUGAGUAGAGCUAUGGAAGAAACCUGUAGAGAAGUACGCAGGAUUCUGGAUCAGCAAAACAUCAUUCAAGUUCAAAGCUUACAGUUACAGGAGAGAAUGAUGAAUCUAUUGGAGAAGAUGAUCUCCAAAUCUAACGUGUAAUUUCCUAUGUGAAUGCCUUUGAGAUUACUAUUGACAUAGAUAUCCCUUUAUUGCACACCAUAUGUGUGUAUGUUGCCCUAUUCCCAGGUUUUCCAUGGAAAUUAAAACCCUAGUGUAAUCUUAGUUAAGCAAAGAGAACAGAUAAUGCAGGGUGAGAACUAUCCAGUAUAAUGAAAUUAGUGCAAUAUAUGCCUAAAUUGAAUUAUUUUUAUACAGAAGUGUUAAGGGAUGAAUAGCUCUGGGAAAUUCAGUACUAUUUAUGCCUCGAUCAGGUAUUGCUUUACAAACAGUGGUGGUGUUUAUUGCUUCACAUCAAGGACUAUAGCUUGACCUGUUGUAGAACGAAAUAGUACAUUUCUAAACAUGGUAAUUGCAUCUUAACUUUGCUGAUGAUUAAACCCUGUUUUGAAAUACAAGCUGUGAUUGUACAAGUGACCUAUGGUUCUUGUGAAGAGCUAAUUGGGACUAUGAGAUAAAUAAUUUUAAACUCCAAGCCUGAUACGUAUAGUACUCUAAAGUAUUAGGGUAAAAAUAGUCUAUUCAAAUACACUUUUGAUAUAAAAAGAAACCCCUCAAACCACCUUACUAUAUACUUAAUACUAACAUGUAUAGAAGAUACUUGAAUUUGCUUUUGAUAUUAAAUGUUUAAUUUUUUUCAUUAUUAACUGGAAUCUGUUGACUUAAUGAACAACCAGCAAUGAAAACUCUCAUUUAUUCUCUAUCACAAAAGAAACAUAUUGUAGUGUGUGUAUAUACAUAUAUAUAUAUAAUCUAUCAAAUGAAAUAAAGAAAGAGAAGAAACACGUAUCAUUGCUGAGCAGAUAGUAUGCUUUGGGACAGUGACAAAUGCUAGGAGAGACAACCAUGGUCAAAGGUUUUUAAUUCUUAAUUGCAGUGUAAAGAUCUCCUAUACCGAUGUGCAAAAUAUAGAGAUGGAAGUCAUGAAGAACAUUCAACACCUCUACAGUAGUAUUUGCUGGUGGAGCUGCUGGGGUAUGUAAUUAGAUGUUUUAAGGUGUGGUCGGUGAGGCAGAUCGGCGUUGAUACACCACAAGAGGGAGCUAAAGGCAUAAAGGAUUGUAUUUAAAUCCGUUCGAUGAGGGACCGGCAGGUGUCUGGCUCUUCAAUGAAGUGUGACAUCGACAUAACCUUUAACAUCAAUUCUACAAUUUGUCAGCUGAAUUUCCUAUACACAACUUCUUUUUGUGUUCUGCUUGAAAUACACAUUUCUGCUGCUUUCAAUGUAUUUGUGAGGCUGAAGGUUAGAUUAAGAUACAGAAGUAUGAAAAGUAUAGAACUAAUGUUAGUGCUGGCAACUCGGGUUAUUUUCCAUUCACACCGUUAAAUACGUCCCCUCUUGAAACUCUGUUUUUGAAGAUGUUUGCAUUUUCCUGCAUAAAUUAAUGUACUGUUGCUUAAGCUAAUGUUAGCUAAACUAUUUUAAAACCCAGGCCAAAGCAAUUAAUCUGUAAUUACGCUUGGUGAACAGGAUAAUGGUUACAUACCAAGCAAAUUAAUAAUAUGUGGAAAUACUUAUUAGAAGAUUCUGCAGGUAUGAAGACUAAGAAUGAUUAAGUAUGUAAAUGCGUCCCAUUCCUACAGAGUUUAAUUCACAAUAAUAGGAUAAUUCAAAUGUAUUAGAAUACUGAACCUGCAGAAAAUGGUGGCUGCUGAAGUAUAAAUGAAAUAGCUUUCCUUCACUCCACCUUUUCAACAGAGAUUUGGUGACUGGAAAAAUGGCAAGUGUCUGGUCUGAUCCUGCAAAUAUAGGGUGAUAGCUGACACUUAGAAAAAGUGAACUCCAAAUAAUUUUGUGCAUGCAAAUUGAAUUAGUCAUAUCUCAAAGAGAAUCCUGAAACAUUAUAUUUCUGCCUGCAGAACUACUGGUAGAAGUCGGACUGUUUCUAUGUCAUAAUGUCAUACAGGUGAUCAGAAAAUCUGCAAGAGCAUUGUCAUACGGGCAUGUAAGAGAGAGUGAAUACACGUUCAGUGCUUUGUCAUGGUUUUUCACAUUCCAAAUGUAGAUGUGUCACAGAUUCAGGUAGGCUGAUGUAUCUAUGUUGUAGUGCUUCCUGACACUUUAACCUAUCUGCAGUAAAUUAUAAAGUAACCCUCUCUGACUCCACGGGAGUUAAUAAUAUUUACCAAUAUUAUCUACUUGAACUUUACAGCAAUUAAAUCCAAUUAAUAAGCAAUAACAAUGGCAGCAUAUCUGAACAUUGUACCAUAGGGUAGGUAACCCGUCUCCUGGCAUGUUAUGAGAAUUGUAACUCCAGAGCUGUAGGAGCACAGGAACAGAGGAAAUCCACUGCUUCCUUGCAUGCUACCACAAACAACCCUGUUCAUGUAAUCUCUUUUGUAACUGUGUGGACCUGUAGCUUAAAAUGAAUAAGGUGUUUUGUCCCCAGAAUUAUAAGGAGACCUGCAUUACAGAUGGGUGAGCUGCAAUUUAGAAGAUUGCUUCUGGGAUUAUUCCUGUUCAAUACAUACCAAUUUCUUCUUGUAUCAACACUGUGAUUUUGCUGUGUUCUGUAGCGUUUACUCUUGAGAGCCAGAGGUCAUGUCCCAUGCAGCCCUUCUUCAGAAGAACAAUACUCUUUUAUAAGGUAGGGAUUAUUCUAAUGACUGUUUUGCUAAUUUUGCUCUUUGAGUUCAUCCUUUUUAAAGAUGAAUGACCAUAAUGAUAUACAGCAUUCUAGAUGAGACACUGGACAUUGUCUUGCAUAACUGCAUUAAAGGAAAUGGUGUUUUCUGGAGGUUGUCACAUUUUAUUUCCAUAUAAAACAUCAUUUUUUUAAAGUUCAAUUUUAAAACCUCAUCUCUCUAACAAAAGGCUUUAUUCCCAUCCUUGCAGAUUGUGUGUUCUGGCUUUGACCAGAGAGUAAACACAGCACUGCUGUAGACAAAUAUAACUAGUUUCAUGCACGACAGAAUUUUUCUAAUGUUCUUUUUGACAACAGACUGAAAAUUCCAUACCUACCCAUAGUUUCUUUUUGAUUCUGU